UGUUAAUUUCUCUUUGCAGAAAACUAGAAGAGGAGCGAGUAGGUAACUCAGCAUCUACAUUCAUCGACCACAAUGGAAAAGUAACACCCCAGCCACAACUUCGUGUACAUGAAUUGCGAGGAGAGACGUACAAUGGUCUUGUUCGUAUGUUGAAGCCUGGCUGCCGCACUAUAGUGAUGCUGUGCGACUCAGAGAGCAAGGCAAAACUUAUGCCAAAAUUCCAUAAAGCUUGUUGGCCCUACAGAAAAAACAAGACUUUGAUGUUUGCAUUUUUAAACGUUGAGAGAGUGUCAGCGAUGGAAUGGUACAAGCGUAUAUUAGUCCUUGGGCUUCCUGAACCUCGGGACCUCAACAUCAACCCCAAGAAUACCCUUGGCACGGUUAUAGCGCUAAAUGGUCAUAGGAAAUACUACUGUCUGUUCCAUGCCAAACAUCCUGAGACUGUAUUUGGGCUCACUCCAAGUCCAGUAACACCAGAGGCAGAAGGACUCCGCCGGAGGCCUGUGCGUUCUGGCAUCAGUGGAGACUUCAUGGGGUUCAGUGAUAAUGAAUCUGAAUCUGACUCUGACGUUGAGGUGGGGGACAAGAGAAAGGAUUCAGCUGCCUCAGAUAAACCGCUGCUCAACUACUACAGUAACAUACUUUUUGAGGACCAACUACUGGAAGGUCUGAGUAACUGGUUGGACAGACUAUUUGAAGGCUCGACUCUCCGCUACCACAUCAACUACUGGCCAGACUGGCCGGGCAAAUAAUGAAUAGUGUCGAUUGACUCUUUAAAUUUUAUUAUAAAAUUCCUCACCCCGUUAAUACCUUAAUUGAAAAGAAAUAUAUGAUCCUCAUCAUACCUGUUGCUGUUCAGUUUUUAGCUCUUUACCAUUUGCAUGUAUUAGGAAAUUUGAACUCAGUCACCAAAGAUACAAACAUAUUAGCUUAUUUAUUUUAACAGUUCAUUUACAAUAUAUAUUGGCAUGUGUAGAUUUAGUCAGUUUUAAUUCACCUCAUUCUAAUGUACAAGUCACAAAGUAUGUACUCUAUUUUCUUGUACAGGUAUAUCAUGUAUACUGCACUGAUACUGCAUCUCUUUAAUAAUACUUAUAAAUUAGGAUGUGUAUGUAUGAAUUUAUAAUGUACUCACUUAUUUGUGGUUGCAGGAGUUGAGUCACAGCUCCUGGCCUUGUGUGUGUACUUGCAUGCAUGUGUACGUGCAUUCAUACAUGCAAACACAUACAUAAAUGCAUGUAAAUGCUAAUGAAUCCUGACUUCUUAUAAGUAAUUCAGAAUAAUUAAUAGUAAAGUAGUGUAGUUACUGAUUAAAAAUGAGACUUUUAUAACAAUCAGCUCUUCUAGCAUAGACAUCUCAUAAUGUUUAUAUAUUUAUAUAAGUACAAGUGGGGGAGUUUACACUGUCUGAGAUAAACUUUCUUUAAUCCUUAAACUGCCAAUGGGAGUAAAAUGAAAUUGUAUUGUAAUGGCCUGAGUUUACAUGUGUUUUAAAAAAAAAUAAAAUUGGGUCAGUACUUGCCAAGAAAUAAUUGUUUGAAGUUUCUGGAAGUGAGCCUUGUAUAGUAACAUGGUUGCAUCCUGCAUACUUCCAGUUGAAUACUGUAAAGUGUUUUUUGGGCCAUUUUUUUGUUUCUUUUAUAAACACACACAUGCGAUUAGUAUGUAUAUUUUCAGACCAUAUUUACAGGAUCACUUGUUUUACAUGAUGGUAGGAUUGCUGGUGUCUUUUUUCUGUCUCAUAAACAUGCAAGAUUUCAGGUACAUCUUGCUACUCCUACUUAAACUUAGGUCACACUACACGUACAUGUACAAGCAUAUAUAUACAUACCCCUCUGGGUUUUCUUCUGUUUUCUUUCUAGUUCUUGUUGUUGUUUAUUUCCUCUUAUCUCCAUGGGGAAGUGGAACAGAAUCCUUCCUCUGUAAGCCGUGCGUGUCGUAAGAGGCGACUAAAGUGCCAGGAGCAAGGGCUAGUAACCCCUUCUCCUGUAUUACUAAAU